AUGGCGGCCGAAUCCACACCUUCGGAACUGGCUGCAACUGCAUCGCCAGCUGCCAAGAAAGCGGAUGAGGAGUCCCGGGACAUAAGCAGUACAGAACCAGUCUCUCCUGCGCCAUAUUACAAUGAUGACCGUGGACUCGAAGACAACUCUAACGUGCCUCACCUAUCAUACUUGAAGCUCUUCUGGUUCUUUUUCUACAACUUUGGGCUCUUCGCCUGGGGCGGUCCCGUCGCGCAGAUCGCCUUGAUCAAAGAAAGGCUAGUAGUUCAAGACAAGUGGAUUAGCCUCCCACGCUUCCAACGCGUCUUCUCUGUCUAUCAGAUCCUCCCCGGACCCGAGGCUGCCGAGUUGUGUAUGUUUUUCGGCUGCUUAUCUGCGGGUAGGAUGGGUGGGAUAAUUGCCGGCACUGCGUUCAUCCUACCAGGGUUCAUUUUAAUGCUCCUGGCCAGCUACCUUUAUUCGUUGGCGGGAUUUGAGAACAAGUACUUUAAUGCGUCAUUUCGAGCCUUGCAACCCAUCGUCGCGGCUAUGAUCCUGCGAGCAACCCACAAGAUCGCAGAUCACUCAGUGAGGAAGCAUGACACCAAGAAAAUCGACCCGUUUCUGGUAAUUGCGGCUAUCUGCACAGCAAUCAACGGCGCACUUCGUAUAAACAUCUUCAUUUCUCUCGGCCUCUAUGGCGUUAUCUAUACCUUCAUAUCUCGACGCCUCUGGAUCCCCGCGGCCGCGCUAUUUGUCUUACAGUAUGCUGGCUAUGCACUCUACGUCGUAUUCCGUGGUGUUCCAUCGCCCGUAUCCCUGGCCCUUGGCAUCGCUCGGACACCAUCAUUGAUCCAUCUCUUCUUGCUUGGGCUGGUUGCUGGUACGCUGUCAUUCGGCGGCGCGUACACUGCCAUACCAUUUGUGCAGGUUGAAGCUGUCCUGAUGGGAGCGUGGCUGCCCCAGAGCGUGUUUAUUGAUGGAAUUGCUAUUGGAAAUAUCCUGCCAGCACCACUAGUUAUUUUUGCAACCUUUGUGGGCUUCCAGGGUGCUUACACUAAUGGUUCAGUUGGCAACGCCUUUGCAGGAGCUAUUGUUAUUACUCUGGGAAUGUUCUUCCCUUGUUUUGUUUUUACCAUUGCGGGCCAUGAAUUGUUAGAAAAAUUAGUGCGAAAUAAGUUCCUCGCCAGCUUCUUCGAUGGCCUCUGUGGUUCAGUUAUUGGUGUCAUAGCAAUUAUCGCCGCGCAGAUUCUGAGAGCCAGUAUCGAAGGCUCCCUUGACAAAGUGAAGAACAAGCCCGUGGAUGAAAUGAUUGUUACAACAGCGCAGGUCGGGCCGGCAGCAGUUUUGUACAUGCUUGCCUUGGGGGUUCUGUAUAAGUUUACCAACAAGUAUACACCGCUGCUGCUGGUCAUUAUGGGCGCUGUUGCGGGGCAAUUUCUUUUUGUAGACUAA